AUGCCUGUCUCUCAGAUCGCCGCUCCAAUCCCCAUCCCGGCCGCGCGCCAGCCUCUGGGCCUCAUCACCCAAGAGCUCUUCGCCAGCCUCAACGCUACCCUCCAGUCCAAGUCCAACCAGCUUGUGACCCCGAUCCACCACAUACAAGAAAACGACUACUCCGUCCCGGCCGCCCCCCCACCAUCCCCCAUCGGCUACAGAGACCACUGGCCCGCGUCCAUCCGUCGCUAA